UUCCGGGGCCGAGCCCCGCGCCCCUGCGCUUCCGGCGUGCGCGUUCGGCGGCCCGCGCGUGGACCCCGGCGCGGUGUGCCCAUGGCGGCUGGAGGUAGCGAUCCGCGGGCGGGCGACGUCGAGGAGGAUGCCUCACAGCUCAUCUUUCCCAAAGAGUUUGAAACAGCGGAGACAUUACUAAAUUCAGAAGUUCAUAUGCUUCUGGAGCAUCGAAAGCAACAGAAUGAGAGUGCAGAGGAUGAACAGGAACUUUCUGAGGUCUUCAUGAAAACUUUAAAUUAUACAGCCCGUUUCAGCCGUUUCAAAAACAGAGAGACCAUUGCCAGUGUCCGUAGCUUGUUGCUCCAGAAGAAGCUUCAUAAGUUUGAGUUGGCCUGUUUGGCCAACCUUUGCCCAGAGACUGCUGAGGAGUCAAAGGCACUGAUACCAAGCUUGGAGGGGCGGUUUGAAGAUGAGGAGCUACAGCAGAUUCUUGAUGAUAUCCAGACCAAGCGCAGCUUUCAAUAUUAGUCUCCAAAUAUUGCUCCACUGCUGAGGGAACUGUGUCCCAAGCCCAUCACCACUGACCAGGUGUCUGGAGCUGACUUACACGGAAAUACUAUUGCAGAAGACAGUUGGGCUUCCUUUGGCUAGAACAAGUUAGCUUGGUCUCAGUUUAGGUUGCUGUUUUAGACUUAACUCCGAGACCAUGGUAACCUGGCCUUCCCUCUUGGAGGGGGAGGCGUGAGGGGUGAUGCGCAUAUAAGCUACACUAGUGACUACCUUCUACCACAGUUUUGGUACCUGUGUUAUUUUUAAAUUGUUUUUGUUUUAAGAUUGUGUUUGGCUUUGUUUUUUUUGUCUGUUUUGUUUUGUUUUGAGUAGUCUCUCCCCCCAGUGUGGGGCUUGAUCUCAUUACCCCCAAGGUCAAGAGUUGCAGGCUCCACUGACUGAGCCAUUCAAGCACCCCUUUUUUUUUAAGAUUUUAAUUUUUUAGCCCCUGUGUUAAUUUGAUUCCUAAGAUCUCAUGUUUUAAUUUCAGCGUAUUUGUAGUUUUUGAAACUACAGGAAACGACAGUCUUAUCUCAAUGCAAAAGGAAGAAUUAAGGGGCCCUUGGCUGAUUCAGUUGGUAGAGCAUGUGACUCUUGAUCUCAGGGUGGUGAGUUCAAGCCCCAUAUUGGGCUUGGUGCCUACUUUAAAGAAACAAGGAAGGAACCCCAAAUAUAAACACAAAAGGAAGAAUUAAAUCAGACGUGUACCAUCAUCUGAAAUUCUUACAGAAAGGAUGAUGGUGUUAAUGACUGAGACAGCAUUGGCAUCAUUGUAUUUAACCCAGAAGUCAAGGAAGAAGCUCACCAGGGAAAGUAGUUAUACCUGAAGAUAACUGCCAAACAUGGGGGGCUCGUAGCCUUGGGGUUGAUCAGUAAUGGGGCUUUUUUCUUGAGUGUUGAAGGAUGUAGAUUUGGAGGCAGUGGUCCUAAACCACUAUUUUCUCACUCCCAGGUUAAGAUUUUUUUUUUUUCCUUCAUGGGCCAGACUUGAGGGUCUGAACAUUUUGAAGACUCCUUGUAUGGGGCGUCCAGUCCAAACUCUGUCAUGCAACUCAGCAGCAGGUGAUAUCUGAUGGGGUGAUUGGGAAGGAGGGAGCCUGCCCCUUCCUGAGCCACUACAGUGAAGUCACUCGAUGUAAAGCUAGUUGUUGGAAACUCUUUGAUAAAUACUCUAAGGAUCCCUGGGUGGCUCAGCGGUUUGGUGCCCGCCUUUGGCCUAGGGUGUGAUCCUGGAGACCCGGGAUCAGGUCCCACAUGGGGCUCCCUGUGUGGAGCCUGCUUCUCCCUCUGCCUGUGUCUCUGCCUCUCUCUCUUUCUCUCUCUGUGACUAUCAUAAAUAAAUAAAAAUUAAAAAAAAUUAAAAUGUGGAUAAUAAAUGUAUCUAUUCUGUAGAUAUUUUCAGAAGAUUACUAAAGAGAGCCUAUUAGUGUCUGA